AAUUAUACCCACUAAAUCAUUUUCCCUCUUUCUGGUUGAUUGUGUGACCAUAAAGUUGAAGUCUUCGAGCCAAGAAUGGUGACAACCAUUGCUGUGCACUCACCCAAAUCCACUAUUUUGCAGAACCCAAUUUCGCUCAAAGAACCAAACUCUGCCUUCCUUAGAGGGUACCCCUUAAAAGGUCUUUGUUUGCAAUUGAAACCUAGAAAAAGUAGAGGUAGAGAUGUCAUCAGUUUGGUGGUUGCUUCUGCAAACACCACCACCUCCUCCACCGGCAGUGGUGGUGGAAGAUUCUAUCUCAAUUUCACUGGGUUCCCUUUCCCUCUUGGUCCUUUUCUCAAUAGGUGCACCAUCAGGACUGAGGCUGUGAAAGACUGCAUAUGGCUAUUCGAACAAGAGCAAGCUUUGGGCUUCAGCAGUGUCUCAACAAACAUCCGAAUGACGGUCAUCAAGCUCAAAAGUGGAGGACUAUGGGUCCAUGCACCCAUUGCUCCAACCAAGGAGUGCAUUCAGCUUGUGAAGGAGUUAGGAGCUCCAGUAGAAUACAUUGUUCUGCCUACAUUUGCUUAUGAGCAUAAGAUAUUUGUUGGCCCAUUUUCUAGAAAGUUCCCCCGGGCUCAGAUAUGGGUAGCACCAAGGCAAUGGAGUUGGCCUCUCAAUUUGCCACUUGAGUUUUUUGGGAUUUUUCGUGCCAAAACAUUGAUAGAUGAGGAUUUAUCCACCCCAUGGGCUGAUGAGAUUGAACAGAAAGUAUUUAUCUCACCAGAAGUUGGUAUUGGACCUUACGUAGAGGUGGCAUUCUAUCAUAAGCGUUCAAGAACACUACUAGUGACGGAUGCUGUAAUUUUUGUACCAAAGCAGCCACCUGAGUGUAUUAACAAGGAAUCCUUGUUGUCAUCUGCAAAGAAUGGUUUGGCUGUGAAGCUUCUUAGUAAAGGCAAGGAAGUUCCUGAGGAACCAGUUGUUGACAACAAGAUAAGCCGGCAAAAAGGGUGGGAAAGAAUGGUUCUCCAAAUCUUGUUUCUUGGUCCUUCAAAUCUUUUGGAACCCAAAGCUAGCUUUGCUCAAAUGUCGCAGAAGCUGAUUGUUUCACCAAUUGUCAAGACAUUGGUCUUCAGCAAAGUUCCUGAAAAGGUCCGGUAUUGGAUUGAUAGCAUUGCAAGGGACUGGAGGUUCAAAAGAAUAAUCCCUGCUCAUUUUGCUGCCCCAGUAAAUGCUGGCAGAUCCGAAUUUUUAGCAGCAUUCGGAUUUCUUGAUGACUUCUUGGGUGAACGGUAUGUCACACGACCUUCACUGUCUCUUCUCUUCACUUCACUGAUGGGAAAGGCCGCCAGUUACUUCCCUCCAGAUGACAUGAAGACGUUAUCAUCCCUUGAUCAAUUUUUAGUCUCAGUUGGAGCAGUGAAGAAAACAGUCUCAGGUCGGAAGCGAUGAUACAACACGAACUACCAGUUACCUGUAAGAUUUUACAUAUCAAAUGUAAAAAUGCCUGUAUACGUAGUGUACUUAGUAUAAUCUUUGUUCAACUUGAGAAAGAAAUGCAAUGGCAGUGCUUAUGCUGCAGUUACAAGAA